AAUAAGUAAAUCUUAUUGAUGUUGUUUUUAUUGUUUUACAUGUUUUUUUCUUUGUCAAACGGUUCAUGCUUUGCAAACAAUCCUAGUGUAUAUUCACUUUUCAAAUGCAGUUUUCUUUUCCAUGUGUAUCAUGCUGGCUUUAACUUAAAUCAUUGCACAUGCAUCCAAAAAACAACAAAAACAAAAAUAUAUUAUUUCACUGUCCAAACAUAAUUUAGCUGAUCAAAUAAAACCAAUAAUGAUGACACAUUUUGCCAUUGUUUGGCAUAUAUGUGGGUUACUGGGAAAUGUUACACCCAAUGUCUAUUUUAUAAAAAAACAACUGCAUUUUCUGUUUGUGGUGUGGGAAUGUGUUUUUAUAUAUAAACGACCUUUUCUGUGAAAAUAUUUUGACUAUUUAUUCUUAAAACCUUGAUACUUUCUUGUUAAAACCAAAUAGGGUUUAUUUAAUGGACUUCUACCUUAAACAUUGAGUAAUUAUUAGUUUUUCUUACACGAAUACAACUUAGAUAAUUACCUAACACAUAAUUACUUUAUUGGCCUCUACCCCAAAGAAAUACACAACCGUUUUGGGAUCGUCUUGCUGCAGUACCAUUUUCGUCCGGCUAGGCGGCACCACACGUCAGGAGUAGACGUGUUUUUGCGCAUGCGUUAUUUAGAACUCCAGCCACUUCCUGGCCUGUUCGGAAGGAACCAUGAGAGUGAGCUCACCAGCAGUUUGACAAGGCUUGUGGUGUGAUUUAAUGCAAUGGCUUUUAUAUAUUGCGGAUAUUAAAGUUAGAGAAGCAACGGGACAGAGAGAUCAUGGCCUGUGCCAUAGUACCGCUUGAUGAACAACAGGUGACCGAACCGAGUGUUGUCGGAAAAGACCGAACCUUGCCUGCUCUGCAUCCUGACCGGAAGGAAGAGCGGUGUUUUGUGCCCUACAAGCCUCCGCCCGAGGAUGGCUCACCUGCUCAGGUGGAGGAGUUCCUAGAACAUGCCAAGUUCAUCACUGAAGACCUGGAGUGGUUGCUGGCUUUACCCCAUGACAAGUUCUGGUGCCAGGUCGUGUUCGACGAGACGCUGCAGAAGUGUCUGGACUCGUACCUGCGCCACGCCUCCCGUGGCCUUGACCCGGCAGGGCUGCCUUGCUCCCCGGCCGUGGCAGAGGCGCAGCGUCACAUUCACCGGGCCGUCUUCAUGACCUUCCUCCGGAUGGCCACGCACAAGGAGUCCAAGGAGAACUUCCUGACUCCGUCCGUGUUUGGCGAGAUCAUCUACGAAAACUUUCUGUUUGACAUUCCCAAGAUCCUGGACCUGUGUGUGCUCUUCGGCAAGGGCAACACCCAGCUGUUGCAUAAGAUGAUAGAAAACAUCUUCACGCAGCAGCCCGGUUACUACAGUGACCUGGACGAGGCGGUGCCGUCGGUUCUGCAGGUGUUCGACACGAUCCUGGACAAGUGCGGUCUUCAGUGUGAAGGCGCCGCCAUGGAGCCCAUGAAGCUCAGUGCCAACGGCCGGCCCACUGCCAUGACCAUGAGUCAGCAGGACUUGUUGGACCUGGUUCUGUACCUGUGUGACUCAACCACCACCAUCCACGCCUUCCUAGACAUCUACCCCCCUGCCUGCUCCACCUUCCAGUCCCACAGCUUCCUUAGCAGACUGGUCUCCUUUUAUGAGUCUGCUGUCCCGGACAUCGAGAAGGCAGUGAGGAAGAGAAACUUUACAGACAAAAGCCUUAAGGAGGACUUGUGGCAGAGGAUGUGCCACUCGUGUAAGAGGAUGGUGGAGGUGGCCCACCUGCUGCUGCAGCACUCCUGCCUACAGCCCAUCCUGGAGGGGGGUGACAAUAUCCAAACAUUCGCAGAGGAACUCCUACAACAUUUCACAUCAUUUCUCCCUGAAAAACGGUUCCUGUCAGACUAUGAUGAACAGUUCCCCAUAGCCGACGACAUCAGUCUACUGCAGCAGGCUCUGCCUCUCAUAGAUGAGACGCGGACGUCGUACCUGCUUCAGGGGGUGCAGAGCGCCUGGGACAGCGUGGGCCGGAGAAGGCCCCGGGGCCACACGCAGACCCACGGCCGCCCAGCAGCCCAGGGAGGGGCCGCCGGGGGCCGGGCCUCCCCCCUGGGGCUGAGGGAGUCCGGGGAGGGCUGGGAGACCCCCAGGGGAGCUGAAGCCUCGCAGUACAUGCCCCACAAAGGAAACAACGGCGCUGCGGGUUCGCUGGGCGCGGGGGAGCUGGAGUCGCUGCUCUCCUCGAUCAGGGAGCUGCUGCCCGACCUGGGGGAGGGCUUCCUGCUGGCCUGCCUCCAGGAGUACGACUACAGCUCGGAGCUGGUCAUCAACAACAUCCUGGAGGACCGCCUGGCCCCCGGCCUGGACCAGCUGGACCGCGCUAUGCCCAGAGCCCCGAAGGAGGAGCUGCCGCCGGUGCUGAGCGAAAGGUCCAACGUGUUCGACGACGACGAGUUUGACGUGUUCCACCGGGACAAGGUGGACAUGUCACGCAUCUGGAAGGGCAGGAGGAAAGGGGAGAGCGCGCAGGAGGUCCUCGGGGACAAGCAGCACAUCGACGCGCAGCGUGACCGCUACCGGGCCUACGAGAACGUGGUGGACGAGGUGAUGGUGGAGCCCGGGGCGGUCUACACCCUGGACGGGGACUACGACGACGAGUACGACGACACCUACGACGUCAACCAAGUGGGGGCCAACGACCUGGACGGAGACAGCCUGCUGAGCCGGAGGCCUUUCACCCUCCCAUUAGUGCUGCGGACCGGAAACAAAGCGCAGUUUGAGCUGGAGGAGGAAGAGGAGGAAGACACGAGGCCCAUGGAGAACCAGAACCCCAACCACGCACCCAGGGACCAGUUCUGCCAGGACCCCGCCCUGCUGAGGGAACGCGCCGAGGCCAGACGGGCCGCCUUCCACCAGAAGAAAGGCAUUCGCCCCGAGCCGGCGGGCAGCGUGGUGGGCAAGCCCAAGGGCCAGGGCCAGACCCAGGAGACGCUGCAGGACCGCCGCAAGAAGGAGGCCAGCAAGGGACGGGGGGCCAACCACAACCGCCGCAACAUGGCUGACCGCAAGAGGAACAAGGGCAUGAUCCCCUCCUGAACCCCCCUCCCAUGUAGGACAGGGAGUACAGUAAACCCCAUCCACCCCCGCUCCUCCUGCUCUCCCCUGGGUGGAUAGACAGACAGAUGGACAGACAAACUGAUGGCAGAUAGAAAAAAGUCAGACUCGUGAUGGAAGGGUUUUGGGGGAGGCUAAAGAUGGAGGACGGUGUAAUCCUGUUGCCUGUGGUUCCGACAGCCAUAUUUUCUCCAAGUUAAAAUGUUCCACCAGUUGAGGUUGUUGGUGAGAAGUUGCCCUGUUUUUUUUUUCUUGUUUGGGUUGGAUAUCAGGGCAAACCAAGCGGCAUAAAUUCCAGACGUUGUCGUUAUUAAAUCUUAGUUUUCAUCCCCACAUUCUUCCAGUUCAAUAUCCUUUUUUUUUUAAAGGCCAAAGUGCGGAACGUGUCCGCCAGUGAUUUGAUUUGUGAAAAAAAGCAAGAAUUUUCUUUCAUUAGAUACUCUUUGUUUAUUAAUAUAUAGAAUGCAUUAUUUUUAUUGAAUUUUCUUUACAUCAUUUACAUUGAAAGAACCACAUAGGAACAUACAUGGAAGGGAAGGAGAAGAUGCUCUCAGUGCAUCUGGAAGAACAACCAGACCUCACCUGAUUCACUGUGCAGAACGACGUCAGAGCGGGUAAACAAGGUUUCACUGCAGCCUCUACGGGAGUACUUUAGGAGGAGCGCUUGUCCACCCUUCAUCUUCUCUCAUUCACCAACGCCUAGUUUAGGCAGAACUACAUUUAGAGUACCUUAGCCGAUCUGAUCCACACCUCACUCUCGUGUGUGUGUGUGUGUGUGUGUGUUUGUGUGCGGGAGUGCACAUGCUGCAAAGAUGAAAUUCCCCUCUCAAAUGUGAGGGAGAGCUACUUUUCACAAGUUUUUUUUUUAUGAGCAGAAUAGCAAAUCUAUCGGAGCGUUUUGUUACGGAAAAGCACAUUUGUGGUUGCUUUAUUUGGAGUUGUCAUUAAAACACAUAAUAAACUGAGUACUACACUACUGUCUCUAGAUAAUAUCAGUCAAAAGAACAAGACAAUCGUACCCAAAUCAAGUAUACAUCCCAGUUGGUGGAACAUGCUGGAAGCACCCGAUGAGAAGGCAAAAUGUUCUUUCUAAAAUUCAUACAUCGCAUUCCUAACCCGUACCAGCGAUCAUCGUAUGUAUUGGGUUCCCAUCCCAGAGGGUGCUCGGUUAUAGUCUGUGAGAACGGGGAGAUGAAGGAAGAUAGGAAGUGUUGAAUUCAAUUGGAAGAAAUACAUAUUCAGCACAAAUACGUCUAUUUCAAAUACAUCUGUAUUUAAUGCAGUGUAACACUUUUCCUUCUUUCAAAUUUUUUUUUUUGGGAUGAGUACUGCACAAUAAGCUCAUCCCCGUGCUUUGGUUUAUCGUUUUGGAUAUGCAGAACCUGAAUUAAUGUAAAUUAUACGGUUGUGUUUCCUAUGCUUGGUCGUUCUAGUGAGUUGUCAUCAAUGUUGCCAAUAUAAUCAUAUGUUCUGGCUAUGGCUGCAUGUGAUCGGCUACAGAGAGAGCAGUGUAAGUCUUUGCACAGGCAACUAACCAACUAUGCCUUGCUGUGUAGUUGGCUGAAUGAUUCAAGUGUAACCAAAUGGUUCUUACAGCAUAAGAACACUGUCAAGGACAUGUGAUGCUCUACAACAUAAUUAUAUCAGGGUAAAGCAGACCCGGGUUUUCCCCAACAACCCGUCCUCACAGUUUGCGAGUUACAGAAUCCUUGGACAUUAAAUAGAUGUAGCCGAUCCGGUAACCUGAUCCGACAUCUGAGAUUGCCCUGAAACAUCCCAUAAUGAAUUGCUGCUUCCAUUGUGGAAUAAUGUCUGCCUUGAUUCUCUGUUCCCAUUAUAGUCUAUUAUGCUACAUCUACACAGGGUUAGGAGGUAAUGCAAUGGUGCCGGUUUAAACGACAGUGUAGUGUCAUUAAAAAUCGUUGUUUUGC